GACCUUCUCAUUCCCGUACCGUAGUCCGUCUCGCGAGCUUCGAGGCGACGUUACGUGUUGUGUACCGUGUUCUGGAAUCUUUGUUUCCGUAUUCGUGAUUUUUCGGUGUGUCGUAGUGUUCAUAUAUCUUUCGUCUUGCGCAUUUAUAGUGUUACUUCUCGAAAUAUUUCUUAUUUAUAUCGGUAUAGUCGCAACACCGACAAGUUACGACGCGUCACGCACGUAUCGGCAACAGCGUGACGGAACGAUGCACAGAUCUUUGCAACAAGAUGACGUUUGAUUCGCUCGAAGCUUUUGUUCUCACCGGAAACGUUGUUCCCGUUUGCAGCUGGAUCGAACGACAGAGUUCCUCGUGAGAAUAGUGAACAAUCCGGUUGCUGUAAAACGACAACGUGACACCGUCAUCGAUAUACAUAUGUAUAUGUACGUAUAUGUAUAUAUGUAUAAGUAGAAGAGCUGCCCUUUCGGUGAUUGUGUAUUCGAUUGUUUAGCAGUGUCGUGUGAUAAUUAUUCGUGAAACUGUGAUUCGGGAACCAAGAAACACACAGUGUCGUGAUAAAGAAGCGUUUGAUAUAUCGGAAUCGAAUCAUUCCAGGAGGCAUCAACAAGAAUAUCGAAGACGUACCAGCUUCGAUCUAUUCUUCGACAUUGGAGUCUCGUGGAUCGCGUGCUUCGUGCGACCGUACUUCUCGUGUGUAUGUGUGUUGUAUAGUGCUGGCACAGCGGAGCUACUGGCAUCGUGACGUUCUAUAGAAUUUGCCGAGUGCGACGAGAAGAGGAAUCGUUCGCGUCUUCGUUUCUGUUUUUUUCUUUUUUCCUUUUUUUUUCCUUUCUUUUUACCUUCGAAAUUAUUUAACGUUUCCGUCUGGCAUCGGAAAAGAGAGGGGGAGGAGGAAGGGGGGGGGAUCAAAGAAAUCGCUGCAGAAAUUUCCAGGAAUCGUGGGACGAGGAAGAAACAUCGUGGUGUAAAGAGAAAAAAGAAAAAAAAAGGAAAGGAAAGAAAAGCGUAUAAAUGAAAUUCCACGUCGCGACGUAUCGUUGUUUCCGCGAUCCUCAUCCGCCUCGAGCGGAGUUGCCCGCGUAGAAAUCGAGAAUGGGGUUAAAGAAUUAGGAGGAUCGGUCGGAGCGCGUUUCAACACUCGAGCUUUAAAAUGUCCAAGGAAGACUCGCGCGCUUGAGUGCGUGUGUUGCCGCUGUCCCCCAACCGGAGGUUAAUUAAAGUCGAUGAUCGAGUCUGAUGGGAAGACCGCAGGCAUACGUGGAGGUGGCGCGCAGUUAGCGCUCGAACAGGCCUAAAUGAAGAACGAUCGUCGCGGGGACAGGUGAUCGAUAGCGAUUGCGAGGAGCCGUGUUUGUGCGUGUGUGUGCGCGCGCGCGCGCGUGGCCUGGCGCAGGGGGUGAUCGUGGCGGUGGCGCGCGGGGCUCGGGGCGGAGAGGAGCAAGAUGGAACUCUUCCUGAUUCUCGUCUGUCUGAUCGCGCCGCCCACCCUCUCGCUCUCGAUCAAGAGCAAGCUGAAUCCACGGAUCGUCCAGACGCGUUACGGCGAGGUGCAGGGGGUCGUGCGCUCCUUCGAGUACGCCAAGUUCCUCAAACCGAUCGACGUCUAUCUCGGGAUACCGUACGCGACCCCUCCGAUAGGGGGCAACAGAUUCUCGCCGACCAAGGCGUCCAGCCCGUGGGAAGGAGUCAGAUUAUCGGAUUCGGUGGGUCCGGUCUGCCCUCAAAAGCUGCCCGACAUCUCGAAUGAGCAAGAGGCGUUAGAGCGUAUGCCGAAAGGUCGACUCGAGUACUUGAAGAGAUUGCUACCCCAUCUACGAAAUCAGAGCGAGGAUUGCCUCUACCUGAACAUCUACGCGCCUGCCAUGGGGAUGGCGGAGAACAACGGUAGAAAGCAUCCGGUGUUGCUGUACAUCCACGGGGAGAGCUACGACUGGGGUAGCGGAAAUCCGUACGAUGGCAGCGUGCUGGCCAGCUACACCGACCAAGUAAUCGUGACGAUGAACUACCGGCUGGGCGUGCUCGGCUUUCUCAACGCCAACAUGGCGCCCCAGACCAAGGCGAGGGUCGCGAAUUACGGGCUGAUGGAUCAGAUCGCGGCGCUCCAAUGGGUCAACGAGCACAUCGCCCUGUUUGGCGGCGAUCCCAACAACGUGACGCUGAUGGGUCAAGGGACUGGAGCCGCCUGUGUUCAUUUUCUCGCCAUCAGCCCGACCGUCGUGCGUGGUCUGUUCAAGAGGGCUAUUCUAUUAUCAGGCAGCGCCCUCUCGUCGUGGGCAGUGGUCGAGGAUCGUUCUUACGCCUUGAAACUCGCCAAGGCGGUCAAUUGCACGAUUCCGAAUGUGUUCAAGAACAACGAACUGAUCGUCGAUUGCCUUCGGGAUCGAAGUUUGGAGGAGUUGAUGAAAGUCAAUAUCCAACCGCCGACAUUUUUGAGCGCGUUUGGGCCCAGUGUAGAUGGCGUGGUCAUCAAGCCAGACUUUCAGAAAGAUCUUCUCUCGUACAUGGGCCCGGAAUUUCAAGGAUUCGGGCCGCUGCCAAAGAAAGCGGAGCACGGUGCCCCGAUCACGAGUAACAACAAAUACGAUUUGCUGUUCGGCGUGACCACGAGCGAAGCGUUGUGGAAAUUCGCGGAGAAGGAUGUACAGCAAGGGUUCGAGGGCGAAAGAAGGGACAGAAUCAUCAGAACGUACGUGAGGAACGCGUACGUGUAUCAUCUGACGGAAAUAUUUUACACGGUGGUGAAUGAAUACACCGAUUGGGAGCGGACAGUGCAGCACCCGGUGAACACGAAGGACGCCUGCGUCCAGGCGCUAAGCGACGCCCAAUUUGUGGCGCCUUUGGUGCAGACUGGCGACCUCUUCACCCUAAGGCACACGAAGAAACCGAAUAAUCCUCAUAUAGCACCGAUUCCCGAAAGCGAGAAAGAACCACUGCCUAAGACGUAUUUCUACGUGUUCGACUAUCAGAUGAAGGAUGGGGAUUAUCCUCAGAAGAUGGGCUCGGUCCACGGCGAGGAAUUGCCGUUCGUGUUCGGGGCACCGUUGGUGGACGGGUUCGGUCACUUUCCGAGGAACUACACGAGGUCUGAAGUGGCACUCUCCGAGAGCAUCGUGCAGUUCUUCGCCAACUUCGUCAGAACUGGGAACCCGAACGUGAUCGAUCACCACGGUCGAAACGACACGCUUCUGCCCGCCAGCCGGGAGAAAAGCCGUUUCCGGAGCCUCACGUGGGAUCAAUACGAUCCGGUGCACCAGAAAUACUUGGAGAUCGGCAUGAGGCCAAAGAUGAAGAAUCAUUACAGAGCCCAUCAACUAUCCGUUUGGCUUCGCCUCGUCCCAGAACUUCAUCGAGCCGGAAUGGAGGACGUUGAUUCGAGACACAACUUGUUCCGGGGACACUCGGAUCCCAACCUCUACGACGGAUCGGUGAGGCCGGAUCCUCUGAGCAGAAUCAGCGAGGAAUUCAAAAGGAAGAACGUAACCACCGAACCUCCGACCACCACGGAUUACAAUGCUGCCACGUGCGUCAGUUACAUUCAGACCACGAAUUUGCAGAACAUUAAUAACACCGGUAUAGACACCCUGGCCAAUUUGGAUGCAGCUGGAUAUGCCGCGUACUCGACAGCUUUGAGCGUGACGAUCGCGAUCGGAUGCAGUUUGCUGAUUUUGAACGUGCUGAUAUUUGCGGGGGUUUACUAUCAAAGGGACAAAACGAGGCUCGAGGUAAAAAGCCUUCAACAGCAACAAAUAUUGAAUCAACAGUGCGGACCACGAGGUUUCUCCGAACUCAAACAGCCGCCUCCGCCACACUCUCAUUUCCCUGGGGGCGGCCAAGUUAUCGUCGAUGUUGAGAAUGAGAUGCUGAGAAGGAACGUUAUGAAAGGCUCUCCAAACGAUCCCAACACGCUUCUCCAACAGGGCCAGGGAACUCACACGUUGCCUCAUCAACACCAUUAUCAAAAGCAACAUCAGCAACAGCAUGCCACUCUUCCCCGAGCUUCCGUCAUACAGGACAUGAAUGCACAAACCCAAGGUCCACCAAACGGGUCCAUACAUCUGACAGUACCAAGAGCCCCGCCACCCCCUCGAGCAAAGAGCCCACCCGAGAAUCAGCCCCUGUUGCAAAAUGCCACCGUGUCGAGUCGCGUGUCCCAGGCUACGAUGAGUGAGAUGAGAGUGUGAUGUUUGGACCCCCCUCCGAAGCCAGUCGUGCCGGACGUUCUUACGGCAUCGACGUUACUUUAAACAACAGCGAAAUACCGUCUCGUCUGUGCCAGUCGAGCCUUUGCCCGAUGAGAAUAAAAAUAAAAAAUAAAAAAAUAUGUUAAUGGGAGAACUCCUUUCAGGAAGAUUCCAUCCAAAUUAAGAGCGAGCAACGCUCGACUGGCACCUGGCCUGAAAGCUUCUACCGUUUUCCAUUUCCAUCGUCCAGUUGACGACGACGCGCCGCAAAAACCAACGGAGGGGGGUGAACCGAGCUUUCGUUUAAAGCUGAAGGAACAAUUGAAGAUUAUAAAGGGUAUAGGAGUAUCCGGUAUUCGUCGAGGAAGAAUAAUUAAGUUUGAGGAUGAAGAUGUGUUGAUUAUCCGAAGAGGAAAAUGAAAUAUUACUUUCUUCGAGCAAAUUCUUUCGAGAAGGCUAAUUUGAACGAUGAAAUUAUUAUUAAGAAGAUCGAGAGAGGGAUAUCUGACGAGCGAGAAAGAAGAUUUGUAGAGGAAUCGGAGAACGAAGUGUGUGAAUAGAGGAAAUUCGAAAACUGAAUUUUAUACGAGUAGAUUUCCCUCUAGAUUUUCUGAUAGAGAUGAAAAAUAAAUAAAUAAAUAAAUAAAUGAGUCGCGUGUUCAUCGACGGAUACCAGAACCUCAUCGUGAUCGAGAAUGGGUAGAUGAAUCGUGAAUAUAUAUGAUCAAUAAAAUCGAAAUUCUCGGUAACGUUAAUUUACGAGGAUCGACGAUUUUCUUUCUACGAUUUUUACGAGUCGGAGAAGAAAGAAUUUCGUUUCGCACGAUGACAUCAAACGAGUAUGAUCAGCUAGCUAGUCGGUAAUAAUGAAUUCUACGUGUUACGAAAGGGAAGACGCUCAAAACAAAAAAAAAAAAUCGAGCAUGAAGACUCGUGUAUCAUACGCUAUCCACUACGAUGUUAGAUGUUCCUUGUAUAUAUUUAAUGA